CCCAUUAAAUCAGUGAAAAUUUAACAUUUAACAUUGUGAGUGGUGCAAAUAAAAGGGAUAAAGCACAGAUGUCAAACAGCUGAAGCACAUUCAAAUCAAUUUAGAUGUUGGUCUUACAUUCCACAGCUAACAAGACACAAUUUCUCUAUUGUUGUUACCAAUCAAACAACAUACAUCACUUCAGAGGCUGAGGAGAAAGGGAACAUUUCUGAUAUUUACAAGUACCUUUUUUUCCAAAAGGUGGUGACAGUUGGACCUUUAAACAACAGCGAUUACAGGGAAUAACACUAUGAACUAUCAGCUUUGCUUGUUUGUGUAGUUGUUAAACUAUUGAAAAGAUGGAGAUGGAGCACAAUUUUAAACUCAAAGAAGAGACCAAACGCAUCAAAGCACAGCAGGAACGAGAGUACCAAAAGUUUCUAGAUCAACUGAAGCACAAGAAAAAGGAGGUGACACUGUCUGUUGAUAAGCUGCCCGGAAAUCAGUGUAAAGAAUCCAUGAAGCAGAGUAUGAUUCCAAGAAAUGAAGAUCAGAGAGGAACAAACAUUUUUGGCAGAUCAGAAGAAGUGUCUGGACACCUGGCUAAAUAAAAUCAUCACUGACAACAAGAGGAAGAUAACAGAAACAGAGAGAGAGUGUCUUAACAAGAAGCAGAAGCUAACCAGAGAGCAUGAAGGUUCGAAAUGGGACAUGGAGGAGAAAAAUCAUUAUGAGAGACACCAGUUGCUGAAGCAGCAGCUGAAAGAUCAGUACUUCCUCCAGAGGCAUCAGCUUCUCAAGAAACAUGAGACGCGCUACAAUCAGAGAAUGAUUGAGAUCCUGAAAGCACGACAGCAGCAGGAAAAGAACCGGCUGCCUAAGAUCCAGCGUGGCGAAGCCGAGACCCGCAUGGCCAUGUUCAAGAAGAGCCUCCGCAUCGACUCAGUGGGCAGCUCUGCAGAGGAGAGAGAGAGGAUCAAACAGUUUUCACUGCAGGAGGAGAAGCGGCAGAAGGGUGAGAGGCUGCAACAGCAGCAGAAACACGAGACCCAGAUGAGAGAGAUGAAUGGCCAGUGUGAAAGUAACAUCAGAGAGCUCCAACUACUCCAGGUGACUCACCUUUGACAUCACUUUUCCACUCUGCAUGUUACUGUUAUGCUGUACUUGUUGGCACAGUCUGUAAUUUCCCUACUGCAGUUUCUGAAAAAGUCUCCAAGACAGGACAAAGAAUAGAAGGGAUUCAAAAGUCCUAAUGUGCUUCACAACUCGGUUACCUAGUGUCUUCUCCUAUACAGUGUUUUGAUUUGUUUGUUUUGCCUUCUGU